CCCGCCCGGGUUGCACCCUUGACCCCGCCCCCGGGGUGUGCGUCCACCGGAAGUGGCCCCGCGCGGGCAGCUCACUUCCGCCCGGCAGGUGACAGCCGCGGGGCUCUGAGGGGCCGGUUGCACCGAGGCACCGGCGGAGCGGGAGGUGGAGGCCGCGGAUAUUUUGCUGCCGAAGCUAACCGAGCUGUGGCGCCGGGAGCCGUUUGGACGAGCGGAGUCUGGCCACAGAUAAAGGACCAAAAUGACUGACUCAAAAUACUUCACUACGACCAAGAAAGGGGAGAUCUUUGAGCUGAAGGCAGAACUCAACAGUGACAAGAAGGAGAAGAAGAAGGAGGCUGUAAAGAAAGUGAUUGCAUCCAUGACUGUGGGCAAGGAUGUCAGUGCCCUCUUCCCUGAUGUGGUAAACUGCAUGCAGACAGACAACCUGGAACUAAAGAAACUUGUGUACCUGUACUUGAUGAACUAUGCCAAGAGUCAGCCUGACAUGGCUAUUAUGGCUGUCAACACCUUUGUGAAGGACUGUGAGGACCCCAACCCCCUCAUCCGGGCCCUGGCUGUGAGGACCAUGGGUUGUAUCCGAGUUGACAAGAUCACAGAAUAUCUGUGUGAGCCACUCCGGAAGUGCUUGAAGGACGAAGAUCCCUAUGUGCGCAAGACUGCAGCUGUGUGUGUAGCCAAGCUCCAUGACAUCAAUGCCCAGCUGGUAGAAGACCAGGGUUUUCUGGAUACUCUAAAAGACCUCAUCUCUGACUCUAACCCCAUGGUGGUGGCAAAUGCAGUGGCUGCUCUCUCAGAGAUUGCUGAAUCUCACCCCAGUAGCAAUCUGCUUGACCUGAACCCACAGUCCAUCAACAAGCUGCUGACAGCGCUUAAUGAAUGCACUGAGUGGGGCCAGAUCUUCAUUCUGGACUGCCUGGCCAACUACAUGCCCAAGGAUGACCGUGAAGCCCAGAGCAUCUGUGAACGGGUCACUCCUAGGCUCUCCCAUGCCAACUCUGCUGUGGUGCUGUCUGCUGUGAAGGUACUGAUGAAGUUCAUGGAGAUGUUGUCCAAGGACCUGGACUACUAUGGCACACUGCUCAAGAAGCUGGCCCCACCCCUUGUCACGCUGCUGUCAGCAGAGCCAGAGCUGCAGUAUGUGGCCCUGCGCAACAUCAACCUCAUUGUUCAGAAAAGGCCUGAGAUCUUGAAGCAUGAGAUGAAGGUCUUCUUUGUGAAGUACAAUGACCCCAUCUAUGUGAAGCUGGAGAAACUGGAUAUCAUGAUCCGCCUGGCCUCCCAGGCCAACAUUGCCCAGGUAUUGGCAGAACUCAAAGAAUAUGCUACAGAAGUGGAUGUGGAUUUUGUACGGAAGGCAGUGCGUGCUAUUGGUCGCUGCGCCAUCAAGGUGGAACAAUCUGCAGAACGCUGUGUGAGCACAUUGCUUGAUCUCAUCCAGACCAAGGUCAAUUACGUGGUCCAGGAAGCCAUUGUGGUUAUUAAGGACAUCUUCCGCAAGUACCCCAACAAGUAUGAGAGUGUGAUUGCUACACUGUGUGAGAACCUAGACUCCCUGGAUGAGCCUGAGGCCCGGGCUGCCAUGAUCUGGAUUGUGGGCGAGUAUGCAGAGAGGAUUGACAAUGCUGAUGAGCUGCUAGAGAGCUUCCUGGAGGGUUUCCAUGAUGAGAGCACCCAGGUCCAGCUACAGCUGCUGACAGCCAUUGUGAAGCUUUUCCUGAAGAAACCAACAGAGACCCAGGAGCUGGUGCAGCAGGUCCUCAGUUUGGCCACUCAAGACUCAGACAACCCAGACCUUCGGGACCGUGGCUACAUCUACUGGCGCUUGCUCUCCACGGAUCCUGUGGCUGCUAAGGAGGUGGUGUUGGCUGAGAAGCCUCUCAUUUCAGAAGAGACAGACCUCAUUGAGCCCACACUGCUGGACGAGCUCAUCUGCUACAUUGGCACACUGGCCUCUGUCUACCAUAAACCACCCAGCGCGUUUGUGGAGGGCGGCCGGGGUGUGGUGCACAAGAGCCUGCCACCUCGUACUGCCUCGAGCGAGAGCACAGAGAGCCCUGAGACAGCUCCUGCUGGAGCUCCCUCUGGUGAUCAGCCGGAUGUCAUCCCUGCCCAGGGUGAUCUGUUGGGUGACCUUCUCAACCUGGACCUUGGCCCCCCAGUGAGUGGCCCACCCUUGGCUGCUUCCUCAAUACAAAUGGGAGCUGUGGACCUUCUUGGUGGUGGCCUUGACAGCCUGAUGGGGGAUGAGCCUGAAGGGAUUGGAGACACCAACUUUGGGGUACCCCCAGCAGCAGCAGCAGCACCAGCCAGACUAGGAGCACCCAUCAGCAGUGGCCUGAGUGACCUCUUUGACCUGACCAGUGGUGUGGGCACCCUGUCAGGAUCCUAUGUAGCUCCCAAAGCAGUCUGGCUCCCUGCCAUGAAGGCCAAGGGGCUGGAGAUCUCAGGCACCUUCACCCGCCAGGUGGGCUCCAUCUCCAUGGACCUACAACUGACUAACAAGGCCCUGCAGGUCAUGACAGACUUUGCCAUCCAGUUCAAUCGCAACAGCUUCGGCCUGGCCCCUGCUGCCCCACUGCAGGUACAUGCGCCACUCAGCCCCAACCAGACCGUGGAGAUCUCCCUGCCUCUUAACACAGUGGGCUCAGUCAUGAAGAUGGAACCUCUAAACAAUCUUCAGGUGGCUGUGAAGAACAACAUUGAUGUCUUCUACUUCAGCACCUUGUACCCCCUGCACGUCCUCUUUGUGGAGGAUGGGAAGAUGGACAGGCAGAUGUUCCUGGCCACGUGGAAAGACAUUCCCAAUGAGAAUGAAGCCCAGUUCCAGAUCAGAGACUGCCCCCUAAACACGGAGGCUGCAAGCGGCAAGCUGCAGAGUAGCAACAUCUUCACCAUUGCAAAGAGGAAUGUGGAGGGCCAGGACAUGCUCUACCAGUCCCUGAAGCUGACCAACGGCAUUUGGGUGCUGGCGGAGCUGCGGAUCCAGCCAGGCAACCCUAGCUUCAUGGACUUGGAGCUGUCCCUGAAGUGUCGAGCACCAGAGGUAUCCCAGCAUGUGUACCAGGCCUACGAGACCAUUCUCAAGAACUGAGGUCCCUCCAGCAUCUACCCCAGCCUUCUGCCAGCCCUAUUGUGUAGCCCCUGAGGUUGGCUGUACCUCCUCCUCAUUACUUUUGCAGGGAGGGUGAGGCGGGGCUCCUGACCACCCAGAAGACUUCCCUGGUCCUAACUGCAGGGCCACUGGGGGCCCAGGGUGGGGCUAUGCCCCCUCCUGGAGUAAAAUCUCUGCACCCUGUGCUCCAGUGGCCGCUUUCUCUUUCAUUACUACUGAUGUGGGGUCAAGUGAGAAGAGGAUCAAAGGAAAUAGAACCAGCACAGCAGCUGUAUAGGAGGCUACAGGGUGCUCUUCCCUGUGCCUGGGGGUCAGCAUGUAACUCUUUGGAGUUCUGGACCCAUAAUCCCUGCCCUACCCUCACUGCCACCUCAAGUCUCUGGGUAGGGUCUUCUGGGUGCCCAUAUUGCUGCUUGUCAGGGUCUUGAGACUCCAGGGGCUGGAGGUGGCAACACGCAGAGCUGAGCCUAAAGGAGUAACCUGGGCCAGCACCAUCCACCCCAUAUUCACCAGUCGGGACCCUGUGACCAUCCACAUGGUCCAGAGAGAAUUCCGAGAGCCCUGUAUGGGAUUCUGUUCCCUCAGCAGCUGCUGCCCCUAUUCCCCCAUGCCCCUGAGGAUGGUCACUGCUUAUAAAACAUCCUUGGUGUCCCCUCAGUGAAUUCAGGGCUCUUGGAACAGAGAUAGGGUGAAGGAUGGGGUAAUGGGUCGGUGGGUAUGUUUCCCAUGUGGGCUUCUGUGGGGUUCUCCAGCAUCUGCUGCCCUCCUCUGGGUCCCCAGUCUCUGUGUGUAUAGCAGCAUGGUAGGUUUUUCUGUCACUGCUGUUUCAUAAUAAAGAGAUUCUGCUUUUGGCAGUCA